UUGUGUAGACGUGAAAAUCUCAUUUAUUAUAUGUAUUGCUCAAAAGCAAAUGAACGUUAAUUCAUUCUGUGUUAUCCAGCAUACAAUUGUGCGCGUGUUAGCGAAUGCAAGUGUUUUCAAAUAACCAAUAAAUCGUUUCAUAUGCCUACUGUGAAAUAGCAAUUAAAUAGGCCACGGAUAGAUUCUUGAGUGCGGCAAGCACGCAUUUUAAAUGUAAAGGUAAGUUCCACAAGCGUAAAAAAGGUGCGCACAUAUACAAAAAAAAAAAAACAAAACAAAACGGUCGGUAUUAGUAUGUCGGAUGCGAUGAGUGCGCCGCCCUCAUUAAUACCACAGUUGCAAGAGAUGCAGCAGCAGCAGCAACAACAACAACCAACAGCAUCGGCUAACGCUGCCAAUGUGCAGCAACAAUGGAGCAAUUACGCCUGGUGGCAACAUCAUGGCGGCAAUGCAGCCGCUUACCAGCAGCAAUAUCAACAAUAUUAUCAAUACUACAUGCGAUACCAGCAACAGCAGCAACAACAGCAGCAGAAACAGCAACAACAGCAGGUAACAUCGACGAUUAGUUCGUCGAAUUUGCCGCCUGGUUUUAGCAAUGCGCUGGCAGCACCGCCGCUACCUACGGCACCGCCACCACCACCGCCGCCAACACCUGGUCAGCCAGGUAAUAAAAGUCAACAGCAGCAGCAUCAUCAACACCAGCUGCAAAUGCAGCAGCAGCAACAGCAGAACAAAAACUUUGGUGGCAUACGCUUCAAUUUAAAUUUGAAUCAGAAACGUUUGGCAAAUGCACCGAAUCCGUUGCAGCAUCAACAACAACAGCAGCAGCAGCAAACACAACAACAGCAGCAGCAGCAAAAUCCAAUGCAGCAUCUUCAUCUUUAUAAUAAUAUGAACAACAACAACAACAAAAAGAAGCGCAAGCGCAAUAACAAAAACAACAAUAAUAAUAUUAACCACAACAACAACAGUAACAACAAUAACAUGAACAAGCAACAGCAACAACAACAGCAACAACAACAUCAACCAAUGCAGGCGCCUGUUGGCUUUACGGGCUUGGCCUUAAAUCCAUUUGGUGUGGUGCCCCCGGCAGUGCCACCCACACCGGAUUUGAGCAAACCACCGCCCCCCUUACCCACAACAGCUUUAGCGGCAAUUGUUGCUCCACCACCCCUAGCAGCAGCUCCUCCAGCAGUUGUGCUCGAGUCGCUGCCAAAGGAGACGCCACAAUCACCAGCAACGGCUGCAGCGGCAGCAGCAGCAAGUCCUGCAUCAGGAACAGCAUCAGUGUCAGCCUUUAAGCAGCGACCAAAUAGCUGCUUCCAAAUGGCUUCGAAUGAUUCGUGGCCCGAUUCAUUGAAUCAGUAUGUGGCACGUUGCUACUCGAAGUGCACCACGGACUUGGACAAAGAUCAGAUUGAUAUCUGUCUGAAGGGCAAGAUUAUUGCCGCCGCUAAUCGCAAUGAGCUUUGGACACGCGACUGGGACAAUGAGCCCAUGCCGACGGUGCACAGCGAACGCGAUGCCAUCGAUGUGGUGCUGAGUAAUGUGACGCCUCCGCAGCCACAGCGCAGUAAUUACUUUAAUAAAAAACAGCAGCAGCAGCAACAACAACAACAUCAGGAGCAGCAACAGCAGCAUCGACAGCAAUCACCACAAAAGUCAAAUCAGAAGCAGCCGAAUGUCAACCAAUUUAAACAGAAGGUUAACGCCUUUAAUAAGUUUGCCAACGGCUAUGGUGGACAUCAACAGCAGCAUCAUCAGCAGCAAUCUUUACGUUACUCCAGGAGUCGUUCACGUUCGCCCACAUCGUCUUCCACGUCCACAGCAUCGAAAUACAAUAACAGGAAACGGUAUUCUCGUUCCCGUUCGACACGUUCUCGUUCCCGGUCCCGUUCCCCUUCGCGAUCGCGCAGCAGCAGUGCUAGUCCACCAGCCCGAAAGGUGUUGCGCAAGACGGGCUCGAAUGAUUCAUUCGGCAGCGAUUUUAUACCCAUCCAUUCGAAUAUGUCCAAGAAACAACAGAAAAUGCUGAUGAAGAGAAAUAAGCGCGCUGCCGCGGCCGCAGCUGCCGCUGCCGGAGCAGGUGGUGGUGGUGGUAACAACAAAAAGAAGACGCCACACUUUUAUGCCACACAUUCGUCGUCGGUGGGCGGUGCCGUUGAUGAUGACACAGCGCGCUUGCAACAGCGUGCGGCACGUUUCUCACAGUCGAGCAGCGGCUCGGCAAAGAAAUCUGUCGUCGCCAUUGCAAGCUCACCGUUUGGUCUCACCACGGCCAAGCACAAGAAGAGAUUGCAGGCAGCCGCGGCGGCUGCUUACCGCUCAACGUCUGGCAUGAUGUUUUACGAGGAUGAUACGGGUGCGGGUGCGGCGGGCAUAGAUUUACUCGAUUUGCAUAUUGUAGGCACAUGUAGGGAUUUAGAAAAGUCAUUCUUGCGCCUAACGAAAGCGCCAUCAGCAUGCGAGGUGCGACCCGUUGAGGUGCUCACCCAUUCUCUGGCCAAUGUGAAGGGCAAGUGGCGCACCAAUCACGAUUAUCAUUAUGCGUGUGAUCAGUUGAAGUCUAUACGUCAGGAUCUGACUGUCCAAGGUAUACGCGAUAAGUUCACCGUUGAGGUAUAUGAGACGCAUGCACGCAUCGCCAUGGAGAAGGGCGAUCACGAAGAGUUCAAUCAGUGCCAGACACAGCUGAAGAUGCUCUACCUGGAAUUGGGAAACAGUAGCAAUUCACUUGAGUUUACAGCUUAUCGCAUUAUUUACUACAUAUUUACCAAAAAUACCUUGGACAUAACAACUGUGCUGCGUGCGAUAACAACUGAUCAGCGCGAGAAUCCUGUCAUAGCGCAUGCCUUACAAUUCCGUUCGGCCUGGUCGCUGGGCAACUAUUGCAAGCUGUUUGAUCUGUAUAAGAAGGCGCCGCUCAUGUCGGGCCACAUGAUUGAAUGGUUCCUGGAGCGCGAGCGCAAGGCGGCCCUGCGCGUAAUCAUUAAAUCUUAUCGCCCCAACAUUAGCAUCGACUAUGUGUCAAAUGUUUUGGCAUUUGAUAGUACUGAGAAGUGCAAAGAGUGGCUAGACACCUUUAGUUUACCGUAUGCCGCAGAAGGGGCACAAAUCGAUUGCAAAAAUGCAGCUGCCAUUGCCAUUUGAAGUCGCUUAGCCGCAGUGUCAAAUGUUGACUGUUUUAAACAAACUGUGCAACCAUUUGUGGUGGAGCUUAGUGGCUCAAGCCGGCGAGCAAGCGAGCGCGUGCCACAAAAAAAAUAUCACACAACCAAAAGUCCCUCAAAUUCGAUUUCCGUUUUAAAAAUUGUUCAGCUCAACAGAGAGCCGGACGUGCCUUGUACGGAAUUUUUGCGGCUACCUCAUCUGUCCACCUCUAUCUGUCUCUAUCUCUCUCUCUCUCUUCUAUCUCUAUUUUCUUUUUGCCUCCCCUUCCCGCCCUUUUGUACAUAUAUGUUUAAGUGCGCGUGCCCUUGCGGUGAAUUUAUACAAUACAAUCUAUUUGUAUUAUUGAUUAACUCUUUUGCUAAUUGGACAAUUGUAAUAUAUAUAUUCGGCCCCGCCCCUUCACAAAUGUAUCUCAGUUCGGUUCUGCCCCUAAUUCAACUCCAAACUGUUCAAACAUCACUGCAAAAAAAAAUCAAGCACCGAAAAGAAGUCGUCGUCGGCUUACAUUCGCAUGGAGGUUGCAAUUUAAGUUUCAUCUGCACUUGAACAAUUAAUUCAUCACAAUUCUACGUUCUCGGUCUCUAAGUUAAAUAUUUUGCUGAAUAUCGUCGAAAUACUUCAUAGGGAUUAUCAUCUAUGGAUCUGCACAUGGAGCACCGCGUCGGUUUUCCAGCGAUUUAGGUGCAGGCAAAACUUACGGCGCUGGAUAUGCUUAAAGUUGUCACUCAUGGUUCCUGGGAUCUGGAAAAUAUCAACGAACGCAUCGAGGCGACCUGGUUGCAGGCAAAAAUAUCGACGCUGGAAAUGCUCAAAGUCAUCAAGGACUCGGCAACAUGGUUUCUGGGAUUGACAGAAGAUCAACUAGCGGAACAUUGCAAUCUACUCUUGAAUUUCAGAAUUAAAUGAUGAAUUCAUUAAGAAAGCAGCGGACAAUGUGGAACGUCAUGAUAGCUAUGACUCUAGAUGUAGCCUGUGCUUUAGUUUCCUGUCACUUGUUAUGGAAGAAAAAAGCUAUUCUGAAGUUAAGUAACAUCAAGGCGGAAUUGAGAUUCUUGGGACAAACUCUUAUUUACUCUGCGUCGUGUGGAUUCGUUUCGAACUACGUCGUUGAGCCAACAUCUUUUCAGGUUUUUAGCAGAAAGUAAAAUUCUCAUCAAUCUUCUCAAUCAAAUAAAAAAAAACACAACCAGAAAUCCUUCAAACUAAUCAACCUCUGAGUUGAGUGCAAUAAUGAGCAAUAUGAAAAGUGCAAGGUGUAACAAAUGUGAACUAUAUGUGAACUAAACAAAACUGAACUUGAAACCACAAUGAAUGUAUACCCAAAUAAUUCAACUAUACUGUAUGAUACACAUUAAUCAAUUAACAACAAUAUUAACAAAAAAUUAACACCGCCAACAAAACGCGGGAGCCUCAACAAAUUAUCGUUGGCAAAAUUUGUUUGGGCUUGUUUCCGCUUUUAUCAUCUAAUUUUUUUUUUUAAUAAUCUUAAGCAUUAGCUUUAAAGUUUGUUAUUUGUUUAAAUUAUUGAAAAAAGGUUAAUACUAAUGUCUUGUCUCUCUAUUAUAUACCUGUAUAUAAACAUCAACAACACCAUCACCAACAACAUCAUCAACAAGCUACUCUCAGCAACAAUAAUCUUGCAACCAGCACGUGGGGAACAGCGUCUCAAGGCAUGCACAACUUUCAACAACUACAACGACAACAACCAGCAACAACAAGAAAAAUCAUCCGGCGGAGUGUGCAGCAUCGACAGUCUUCACGUUAACAUUGCAGCCAUCACUGUUUGGGACUUGUAAGCACUUCCAAUUUUAAUCUGUCGCAAGAAAAAGUACUACACCAUUAAAAAAAUGUCUUUUUAAGUAUGUAAAAUGAGAUUCCAGAAUUGAAUAACAAGUUUAUUCAAUAAAAUAAUUAAACAAGCUAUUAUAGUCAGGUAUAUUCAAUAAUUUGCUUAGCGAGGGCAUGUAGGGUAUAUUUAUCCAUUUAGGUUAGGCUAAUUUUAAGCACAACUUUUUUGUUGUUUACUUAAGCUUAAGGUUAAUUGUUGUUCUUUUAAUUUUGAAUGUUGAAAAAACAAAAACAAAUUGAAAUCAAUUGAGAAUUUCAACGCGUUUUUCAGCUGCAAGAAUUACAAGAAAUUGCGUUCGUGCCACUCAAAAAGUGAAAUAAAAAGCGCGCUUUUACAAUAUAUCAAAAUAAAA